AUGGUAUGGUCUCGGCCGACAUGGCUCCAUCAUCGCCUGGCGCAGCUGUUGGGCCACCAGACAGCCUUCGCCGUUACUCGCUGGGGAAUUGGCAAGUCGGUGGCGACCCUGCUGGCGCGAGUAGGCACGCAGAAGAUCGCUCUUGGAGCUGUCGCCACCGGGGCGACAGGUCUCACGCUCCAUCAAACCACGAAGGAUCGGCACGGUUUCGGUGGCGACGUGCUGUCUUCGGGCGACGAAGUGGAGUGGUUGAAUGCGGCUAUCGUCCCCAUCUGGGAGCACCUGGAUGCAGGCUUCCGACGUCUCAUCGAAGAUGAGGUCCAGCCUGCAUUGCAGAAGCGCCUGGGGGUGGUAGGAACUUACAUCUCCUUUACCCAGAUCUCUCUGGGUCGCGCUGCUCCUCGUUUUGGGCCUGUGCGUGUGACCAGGUCCAAGGAUGGCCUGGAAGUUAAUGUGGGCUUCUGCUUGGAGGGCAAUGGCCUCAUCGAGUUUUCGACAGGUCCUGCUUCUAUCCAGGUGAGCAACAUCACCGUGCAGGGCACCCUUCGUGUUUGUCUCCAUCCAUUGGUCGACUCUCUGAACCCGGUGGGCGGGAUCAGCAUCACCUGCCUGGACAGGCCCACGAUCGACUUGACAAUCAAAGCUGGUUCCGAGCUGAUCCCAAACCUGUACAACUUCGUGCGAGACACCGUUGACGACGUGGUUGCAAGUCUGCUCGUGGUCCCAAAUGUCAUCGCGGUGCCGCUGGACACGUUUGGUCCCACCACCGAUGCAUGUGCCAUCCGACAUCCACCGCCGCUGGGCUUCCUGCGAGUGCGCUUGGAGGGUGUCAGCUCCACCUCUGCACUGCCCGGUUCCCUGUACCUCGAGGCGAUGAUCGGCUGCAGCUCCUGGAAGAGUUCAAUCAGCCGGACUCGGCCAGACCCCAACCACGCGGAGUGGCCGGACGAUGCUGCCGAGGACUUCGCUGUGCACUCCCAAGACCAGUCCAUCCGGUUGCGGCUCUACUCCAGUGGCAGCUUCGGAGCAGUGCUGCUGGGAACUGCGCGGGUCUUCAUCCACGACCUCGAAGCUGGCCGGGUAGAGGUGCCCCUGGUGGAUGCCGGGACGGAGGACACAGCUGAGACACGCUCCGUUGAGUUAGAGCUCCUUUGGUCCCCGCUCAAGGAGGAGCCACCGGCCACAGCUUCCGCCCAUGGCUCCCUUCUUCCUGGCCCCGCGCCUGCAGAGAAGUCCCUCCUCGCGUCCAUCCAUGUGCACAGAGUGUCGAAUGUCCUGUCGGAGAGGAAGCACAAAGUCCACGUGAGACUCGGCGCAGAGGACCAGUUCACAGAGGUCGGGGAGGCCCCGCCUGAGCUGGUCCAUCAGAUUGCAGACGAUGUGCUUCUGGAGCUCGCUCGGAAGCUGUGUGGAAAGCUGCCACUGGCGGACUUCUCGCAUGUCCUCGGGGUCCCCGUGGACCACGCUCGAGACUUUGCUCGGGAGGUGGAGCGCCGUCGCCGAAGCGGCGAGCUGGCCACACCUGGCCUGCAAGGCUGGGAUCGCAGUUGGUGCGAGCGCGCUCGCCAAGCUGCGCAGGACCGAGCGGCGAUCAGGAACCCACAUUUCGAUUACGUUUGCCAUCUGCGAGCUAAGCCGGCAGACCAACUGAUGAUCGAGCUUGUGGGAGAGGAUGGGUCCAGCACAGCGCGAUUCGAGACAAACCUGGAUGCUGUGGUCGAAAGAGGCGGCUUUGUGGAGGGCCCCUUUCCACUCCGAUCCUCCGAUGGGGCGGAGUGCACACUCCACGGGCACAUCCGGCUCAGGCGUUUGGAGGCUCAAGUUCGCCGCGACCGGGUGCAGGACGGGUUUCAAUGA